GCUUUGGACAAACACAGUGAAACUUCCAACCAAAAUCUAUGUACAAAUCAUUGUUGAUGACUUGAAAGAUUUUUCCUAUAACCACCUUGCUCUCAGGAUCACCUAACUAAAUACAAAGCUAGCAUCAAUAUUUGUUAUAAUUAAAUAUCGAUAACUUUCAUCAAGAAGUAACUUACAUGCAUUAAGUUUGAAUGCCGAAGGAGGGUAGCAAACGGUGCAUCCUUGUCAACAUCUUUGACUGGUUCAGGAGCUGUGUAUUUUUCAAAUGAUUUUGCAAAACCACCUGUCUUAGCUGAUUCUUCAACUAUUACUUGAGUUUCAUUUGACUGAAUCCCAACAUGUUUCUGAACUUCAGUUUCAUUUGGAGUGUCAGCAGAAGGUUUAUCAGUGGUAAAACAUCUCGAUGUCAAAGGUGACAACUUGAAACUUUUGUUAGUUUUGUACACUUGGGAUAGAAUUCUUUCAAAUCUCUGCAUUUUAACUUAAAUAUUAAUUAGCACUCCGUAUUCAUUAAUAUUUUUAUGUUAAACGUUACAAUCGCACAUGUUUUCCUCGCCGCCAACUAUUCGUCAACGAGGUUAGUGUAGCGAGCCUCGAGAACGUACGUCAGAUUAGGUUAGGCUAUCCACUAUGUAUAUUUUGGAAAUCCCAACGCCGGGAAAUCGUAGACACGUGUGUAUAGAAGAAUUUUCAGAAAUUGAAUAUAACAAGUGCGACGGGCUUAGUUGAAUUGUAGCUUUACGUUACAAGUAUAAUUAUUGAUCAAAUUUUUAAUUCUACCGCAUCGACAAAAUGUAUCAGUACUCUAAGUGCUUGCGAACGAUAUCUAACCUUCCAGUCGUACAAAAAAUACGUUGCGAUGUUAGUAAGAGAUUUUGUAAUAAAAGUAACAAUGACGAUCCGCCGAAAGAGCUGGAAGAAGCUCCAGUGUCGAAGUUACUCGAUGAAGCUGCAACUUACAGUGAGAUAAACAAUACAGACUGGGCAACGACGCCAUAUCCAGCAACAGCCCCAAUAAGCACAGAUGAAAAACCAAAAAGACCCAAAAUUGAUCCAAGCGAAACAUCUAUUAUUUUGUUUCCUGGACAGGGAGUCAUCAAAGUAGGUGAUGUCAAAGAAUAUCUGAGAUUUCCAAGAGUGAAAGAUCUGUUUGAUAUAGCCAAUGACAUUUUGGGAUAUGAUCUUCUGAAAAUGUGUUUGAAAGGUCCUCAAAAGAUUUUGGAUCGGACUGAAUUCAACCAGCCAGCAACAGUCGUCAUGUCAUUAGCAGCUUUGGAAAAGCUUCAGGAAGAAAGGCCAAGGGCUAUAGAGCAAUGUACAGCUAUUGCUGGUUAUAGUGUUGGUGAACUCACUGCGUUAAUUUUCUCUGGUGGAAUGUCAUAUGAGGAUGGGCUUAGAUUAGUUGCAGUAAGAGCUAAUGCUAUGCAAAGUGCAUCUGAAAUGUCCCCGCAAGGAAUGCUCUCAUCCUAUUGUACCCCAAAAGCAAAAGUAUCCCAAAUAUGUGAAGAAGCUCGAAAAUGGGCACUAGACAUAGGAGCUUCUGAUCCUGUUUGCAGGAUUGCAAUCUACUUAUAUACACAAGGAAAAAUUUUUGGUGGCUCAAAUGAAGCACUUGAUUACAUUCAAAAGAACAGCCUUAAUCUUGGUUUACGUAAAGUUCAAAGACUACCUGUAUCUGGUGCAUUUCAUACAUCCUUGAUGGAACCAGCUUUGAAGUCUUUCAUCAAAGCAUUAAACAAAACACCUUUGGAAGAACCAAAUGUAAAUGUAUAUUCUAAUUUUUCUACAAACAUGUAUAAUAACAAUCUUAAGCUAAUGCGGAAAUAUUUGAUCAAACAAAUCAUCUCUCCUGUAAAAUGGGAACAAAUCUUACAUAAACUUUAUGAAAGGCCUGAAAACACACCUUUCCCACGAACUUUUGAUAUGGGCUCGAGAGGAACAAUGAGAACUGUAUUGAAAAUGGUCAAUGCAAAAGCUGCAGAGAAUUGUUUUGUUUAUUGAUAAGUAAAUUAACUCCUGAACAGUUUGUACAUAAUAGAUAUAAGUAUGUAAAAAGAAAAUAUAAAAAUUGUAGAUACAAUUUAUAAAAUUACUAUCUCGUAAAAAAAGUAAAAACAAUGUUUUCUAAUAAAAUCACAAAGAUAUGUA